UCAUACUUAUCGCGGUUAAUAUCUACACCUAUCGCUUCAUUUAUAAUCAUUUAAAUCCGUAACAGUCUGUGCAGUCAUUGCGGAAGAAAUGAGAAAUAUUCUAGUCUUUGCCCUAGGAUUCCUCUCUGCUUUGAAUGUGGAGGCGGCGGAUCUGAAUGCCGUUUUGUGUGGGCCAGUUUGUAUGAUAUGGUGUCCAUUUGGAAACGUUAUGGAUGAAAAAGGGUGUCCUACAUGUCGCUGUAAAAGUGUUAUCUCGACAACCACAGAACCAACUCAGCAUAAACUCUGCUCAGGCGUCAUGUGUGAUAUUUACUGUGCGCAUGGUCAUAAGAUCGUGGACGGAUGUCCCGUGUGCGCAUGUCAAACGGACGAGACAUGGGUUGGAUAACCAAGACAGAAUUUUGAAAUUAAUCAAAAUUAAAUGAAAGUCUUUAUGAAAUGUGAA